AUGGAGUGCAUACAGGGUGGACCAUUUAAUUUGGUAAAAAAUGUGUACAAAGGCCUCGACAUCAUUACCGCGAAAGUAACACCUGAGGAGAGAAAAAUGGCACCCCAUCAUAUGCUGGAUAUAGUAGAUCCUGUGAACCCUAAAUUCACGGUGGUGCAAUUCAGGAAUAUGGCCACACCCAUUAUCGACGAUCUGCUUGCGAGGAAGAUGGUCCCGAUCAUCGUCGGUGGCACCAACUAUUACAUAGAGUCUAUCCUUUGGGAGGUUUUGAUAGAUCACGUGAAGAAGGACGAUGAGGAGGGAGUGGGGUCGGGUUCGAAGAAGAUGAAGGUGGAGAUGGAUCGGAUGUCUACGGUCAGCAACGACGAGCUGUACAAGGAACUGGUGCAGGUGGAUCCGGAAAUGGCGAAGAUGUUUCAUCCGAAUAACAGGAGGAAGGUGAUGCGAUCACUGGAAGUGUUCAUGCAGCAUGGCGUGAAACACUCGGAAUUGCUGAAAGCACAACGCGCAGCCGGUGGAUCUGGAUUAGGAGGUCCUUUGAGGCACCGCAAUGCUAUUAUGUUAUGGCUGCGAUGUGACAAGAAGAUCCUGGAGGAUCGGCUGGACAGCAGAGUCAACGCCAUGAUGGAGACCGGUCUGGUGCAGGAACUGCUUGACUUUCAUCGAAGAUACAACGAGCAACGGAUUAAGUCCAACGCGUAA